AUGGGUAAUUAAACAUAUUAUGUUAAUGAAUAAGUUAUUUCAAUGGAUGGCAAAUUAGAAGAUAAUUUAGAAUGUGUUGGAUCAAAAUAACAUAAAUAUUUAGGAUAAAUAUAAUUAUGGAGAAGAGAUUCUAAGAGUAACCCAACAGUCUUCUCAAAAGUAUGAAUAUUUAUAUUUCGAUAAGUUAUCACAUAGUGGUUAAAGGCAUGAUAUAAAUGUAAAUGAGCAUAAUGAUAGAAAAAAAGUAAAUCAUCCAAAUAUUUUAUAAUAUUAUGGAUGUUAAUCAAAUUAUUUAACAUUCAAAGGAAAUAUUUAAUAAAUGAAAUUCUUUUUUGAAUAUAUUCCAAAUACAUUAGGUAAUGUUAUAAAUUUUCAUAAGAAGAAUUGUAGUUAUUUGGAAGAAAAUGAAAUUUGGAAAGUAGUUUAAUAAUUAUUUAUAUUAGAUAAUUCAACAAAUAGUUUCUGCAUGUUCAUUUUUGGAAAAAUUAGAUUUAUUUCAUGGAGAUUUGAAUCCUUAAACAAUAUUAAUGGAUAAUGAGAAAUAAAUAAAAAUAUUAGUAUUAGAAUAAAUAAAAAUAGUAUCAUAAUGCAUAUCCAGAAAUAAUCACAUCUUAUGCAAAAUUAUUAGCAUAUUAAGAUUAAAAUGUUUUCAUUUCACCAUAAUAAUUGAAUGAUUUAAUAAAAUAAUCAGUGACACCAUAAGAUAAUCCUUUAAAAACUGAUUCAUUUUAACUUGGUCUGACAUUAUUAGAAUUAAUGACAAUGACAUCAGGUAUAUAAUAAUAAUUAUAAUGAGUUUUGGAAGAUUGUAUAGAUUAUAAUAGAAAAACAAUAUAUUAUAAAUCAAUAAUGGAUAUAUUAUCAUCAGCAAGAAAGAGAUAUUCAUAAUAGCUGAUUAAUUUAGUAUAGAGAUUAAUUACUUUUGAUGAAUAAUCAAGACCAACUCUUUCAGAUAUUUUAUUUGAUACAAAUUUAUAAUAAUAAGGGAGUACUUUUAUACCAUAAUCUAAAAUAAGAAGAUAUACAUCACCUCCAAGAUAACCAGAAAUUACAAAUUCUCCUCCACCAGAUAUGGGUUUGAGUAGUAAAUCUCCCGUAUUAAGAGAUUAAUCAUUUUAAUCACAUUUUAGAACUCCAUUAUAAAGAAGUCUAUCACCUGUAUUAGAUAAAUCUGGUAAAUAUUUAAGUCCUGCUUAAAGUCGAAAUACAACUGCUAUUACUGCAUUCUAUAAAACACCAAAAAAAUAAACUAUUCUUAUUUCUACUCCAAUUAAAAAUGAUAGAGGAAGAUAACUUACUGAAAAUUCUAGAAAUAUAUUCAUGAUUAGUAAAAGUCCUGUUUUAAAUUAAUCUAGAAAAACAUCAUUUUAAAUAACUCCUAAUCAUCAUCCAAUUUUUAAACUAGUUACUCCUUAAUAACAUUCUAAUUAUUUACCACCAUAUUAAUAAGCAUUUUAUUAGGAAAAAUUUAAUUAAAAAUAGAUUCGUUAAGAGUUUUCAUAGACUCAUUAACAUUUUUUUUAACCUUAAUUCAAUAAUUAAGAAAAUUUUACUAAUACAAUAUCUAAACCUGAAUCUGCCUACUUUACCAAACCUUAAGAGCUCUUAUCAUCAUAAUAAUAAUCAUUACCAUAAUAACAAAAAUAAUAAAUUUCAUAAGAUUAAUUUAAUCAAACUCCAAAUCCACUUCGUAAAACUCCACAAAAAGUACCCUAAAAAGGUAUAAAUUUACUAUCACCACUUUCAUGUAAUAAUAAAUGA